UCGCGAUGUGCUGUAAUUGUUGCAGUGUCCGCGCUCAGAAGAUUUGGGUUUUUACCCUGGGAAGCCUGACACUUGUGCUGGGAAUAUUCUUAGUCGCCGGGUGGCCAAGUUUAUCCCGUCGAUGGAUACUCGAAAUGUUGCCGCUGGCUCCAGAUUCCUUCAUGUACAAGCGCUGGGUCGCCACACCUAUGCAGUUGUAUAGUUCGUACUAUUUGUUCAACUGGACAAAUCCAGAGGAUCUGAACACGGAGGGAGUUAAGCCAAACUUUGAGCAAUUGGGGCCGUAUACGUUCAGUGACUACAAAGUGAAGGAGGACCUGGAGUGGGAGCAACCCAAGGUGACCUACUACGGACGACGCACUUGGCAUUUUGUGGCCGAUAAAUCGAAUGGGUCUCUCGAGGAUGUGGUUGUCACCCCGGAUUUUCCCGCUGUGACAGCAUCUUUUUUUUCGCGCAAGUACCGACGCGUAUUGCGAAAGGUAAUGAACUUUGCCCUCAAUCGAGAGGGUGGCUCCACCUUCAUAAGGCAAACAGCCAGAGAAUGGCUCUUCGAAGGAUACUACAACGAGCUCCUGGACUUUGUGGAGCAGCUGCAUUCCCCGCUUCUGCCCGUUCCCAGCGGCAAUUUCGGCUGGUUCUAUGAGCGGAACCAAUCCAAGACAGCCGAAGGAAAUUUUACCAUACACACGGGUCGUGGAGAUCUUAGCCGAAUGGGAGACCUACUGCUGUGGAAGGGCCAAAACCACACCGGCUACUAUUCGGGCGAGUGCGGAAAGGUCAAUGGCAGCACCGGGGAACUAUGGUCUCCGGACCGACAGUGGGAUAGGCCAACUUCUAUUUUUAUGCCCGAUGCAGGACGCUUUCUAAAUCUGUAUCCCACGGAGAACAUGACCAUUGAUGGCAUCGAUGCCUGGCGCUAUGUCGCCACAGAACUAACCCUCGACAACGGACAGCUGUCCGCGGACACAAAAUGUUUUUGCGUGGGCAAGCGGGAGUGUCCGCUCAACGGAGUGCUGGACUUUUCACCAGCCACCUAUAAUGGUCCAUUCUAUAUGUCACAUCCCCAUUUCCACAUGACGGAUGGCAUUUACAGGGAGAACACCACUGGACUGCAGCCAAAUGCUCUGGAGCAUUCCAUGUAUGUGAUAAUGGAGCCCACACUGGGAGCACCCGUAAAGCUAAGGGGACAGCUGAUGAUUAGUGUGCGAGUGGUGCGGGAUGAGGCCAUAGAUUUCUUCAAAGAGGUGGCAUAUGAUCAUUAUGCACCGCUGUUUACACUGGUAUUGCAUGGCGAGAUGGAUGAUAAUUUGAAAGGUUUAGUUAGGCUUGCUUUGAAUGUUCCACGAAUUGGACAAUACACGGGAAUAGCUUUACUCCUCAUAGGACUCAUCAUGGUAGCGGUGGGCGUGUACCUAACUAGGACUCACAAAUGGCACAACGAACAAAAGCCAGCACCCAUUGAUAAAGUAAAAGUAGAGGACAAAAAUGUCAACACCACUUGAGAGCACCGAUAAGACUGUUUAUGCCGUUUAUUCGGCGUUAAUCUCGCUAAUCAUAGAAAGUAUUUAAAGCUAUCACCCACUCGAAAUUAUUUAAAGGCAGUGAAGAGCCAUAAAAAAUUCAAAUUAAUUUCCCGUGAGGGGGGGGGUCUGGAUUAUCCAAUUUCGUUCAGGUGUUGCCCAGCUGCAAGCAUCUAGAAUUACACAAAAUUAUGGCCUUUCAAAUAUGCUAAAAUUUAUUAAUAUGUUAAUAAUUGUUUUUUGUUGUUUCGUUCGUGAUGUCCGUCCAAAUUGUGACGGUGAGGGAGGAGGAGCCAGUGAGGGCCUUGAGCACGUAAGCUGCAUACUUUACGGCGUACGAACUCUUUCACCAGUCGAAAGGCAAAACCAAAGGCAGAGGCAGAGGCACAGGCAGAGGCAAGGGCAACAAAUACCGGACUGGAAAUUUGAAAAAUGCCAAAAGAAUAUUAUGAGCGACUAAUUUAUAUGCACCAAGCACGCAAACUUACGUUUUGCACACACAUUGUUUGGCUCGGACGGUGGGAACUAAAGGAAAGGUGGAGCGGAGCGGAUCGGAGCGGAGAGCUCAGGUUAAACAAUGUAUGAAAAUAUGAAAAUUAUAUGACUCCCAGUAUGUGUCGGCCAUAACUUUAGUAUAAUCUCUUUUAGCGGCAGGGGGCGAAGCCACGAAGCAAUAAAACACACAAUAUUGUUAAAGAAAUUCCCAGAAAAAUGUAAGCAAAGAGUAUAAUUUUCUAAAAUAUGUGAAAAUGCUAU